UUUUUGCUUGCGUAUAUAUGAACAGCCCUCGCUACACUCCCAGGCAUACUAGACUGAAAUAAAAGUUCAGCAAGGAAUAUCUACAAAGAGCUACAACAAAGACAACAAAGAUGAAGGUUUUAUUUGUGCUUGCCAUUGUGGCAUUUACAGGUUGCCAAGCCAAUUUAUUCCUUGCUGAUGAGCCCAAACCACACAUGGAGAAACUGACUGAUGCUUUCUGGGGCUAUGUUGCCAAGGCAACACGCACUGCUGAGGACACACUGAAAACAAUCAGAGGGUCUCAACUUGGACAGGAAGUUAAUACUCGAAUUGCAGAUGGUGUUAAUGGGGUCAGUCAGUAUGCUGUCACUCUUCAGAACCAAAUGAGCCCUCUGGCCCAAGACAUCAUGGCCAAAAUCACAGAGGAGGCUGAAGUUCUGGGGGAGAGACUGAAGCAGGAUCUCACCAAUGUAAGAGAUAAACUGGAUCCCUAUGCUGAGGAUCUGAAGUCCCAAAUUCAGCAGAGAGUGCAGCACCUGAGAGCAGCUGUUGCUCCCCAUGCUGAGUCAUUUGACUCUGAAGUUCUGAAAGCCACUGUGCUUCAAACGAUUGAGGAAAAAGUGAAGGAACUGCAGUCCAAGCUGGAGCCCUAUACAGAAGAACUCAAACAGAAAGUCAAAGAGCACCUGCCGGAAUUCCAGAAGACCGUGGCUCCUCUGACUGAGGAUCUUCACGCCAAGAUUGCUUUGGUUCAGCAGGGUCUGGCUCCCUAUGCUGAGGAUGUGAGCGAGAAACUCGAUCCCUACGCCCAAAUCCUGAAGGACCAGCUCACUUCUCUUUAUGAGGCCUUCACCAAGACUAGUUAAAUACAGCGGACACUAUUUUUUACUCACUAGACAGUUUUUUCUUUUCUCACCCCAAAUAAUAUUAAAUACUUCAUUUUAUAUUGCAAAUUAGAAGAACACACUUUAAACAGUCGACUUUAUCAGCUUGCUAACAAUGCAGGAAAAUGCCUUCACAAGUUGAAAAAUUGCCAAAAUAUAAUUGUGUUUUAUUUGUGUAGUUUUGUAUUCAGGUGUCCUUUUUGUAUAUUGUUCCUAUUUUCUGUAUUUAUAUGAUUAAAAACCUACAUGCAAACUGA